AUGGAUACACGUGGGUCCCGAUUCUUGGACCCAUCGUCUGCGAUGGCAGCGAUUACAAGACACAAGGCUGAAGCAAUAAAACUGGCCCGAGAGCAAGGAACUGCUGUGAAGGAGAUGUGCCGACGCGCAAAAACAGAAGUCCCGCCAUAUGAAUUCGAAGAGCUGAUUGGUAAGGGUGCCUAUGGUCGUGUCUACAAAGGCCGACAGAUGCCAUCCGGCCGGCUUGUUGCAGUCAAGGUGCUGGACAUUGAUUCAUUGGAUUACAAAUCUCUGCGUGACUUUAGAGAUGAGUCGAUCAAGGAUUUCAUCCACGAAACCAAGGUUAUGAAGCAGGUCAAAGACUCAGGUGCCAAGAACAUCAAUGAGCUUAUUGAAGCGAUCUCCAUCCACUCACAAUUGUGGCUGGUAUGCGAAUAUUGCCCUGGCGGGAGUGUGCGGACUUUGAUGCGCGCAACCGAUGAUAAAUUGGAAGAGCGUUUUAUUAUUCCAAUUGCCCGGGAGCUAGUCGUGGGACUGCGUGCCAUUCAUGAUGCUGGCAUUAUACAUCGCGAUAUAAAAGCGGCGAAUAUCUUGAUUCACGAGGAAGGCAGACUAGAAAUCUGUGAUUUCGGUGUGGCCGGAAUCCUGCAGUCCCAGCGAGACAAGCGGUCAACAUGGAUUGGCACACCUCAUUGGAUGCCACCAGAGAUGUUCUCAACUCGGGGUCAAGCCCAUCAAUAUGGCAGUGAAAUUGACGUAUGGGCGUUUGGCUGCACAUUGUUUGAGUUUGCCACUGGUAACCCACCCAAUGCAGGCCUGCGUGAACGUAUGCAAAUUGGACGCCAGCUCAGUCGCAAUACACCCAAGCUUGAUAGCGAGAACUACAGUGACGGGCUGAAGGACCUUAUCUCGUAUGCUCUAGACUCUAACCCGUCUACUCGUCCUUCCAUGGCGGAUAUCCUAGAUCACCCCUAUAUUGCUGGCACUGAAGAAGAAUACCCUACAUCAUCAGUGAGUGAGCUUGUCAGGAAUUAUUAUCAAUGGUCGCAACGGGGAGGACAACGUAUCUCCUUGUUCCACCCUGGAGGUGCUGCAGCCGCAGAACUUCCAGGUACAGAAGAGUCAGAGGAUGAUUGGAACUUCAGUACAACAGAUGGGUUUGAGCGGAGGUUUUCGGUCAUCGACCUUGAUCAGUUGGCUGCUUCUUUGGCUGAAAUUGAAGAGCCAAUUAGCUCAACUACCCCAACUCCAGAUUAUGACUUUCACGAUGAUCCGUCCGAGGAUGAAUUAAACCCAGAGGACAAGGCCAACUUUGACGAGCGGGUCCGGCGAGGAGCCGUUGCGAUGGAGGGGCUGUUUGAUGAGGAGAAGCCGAGCUACAAAUACGAAACAAAAAACGAUUUCGUGCCCAUUGAGCCUCCUCAGCCGGCAUCUGACCUACCCCUUCGCACUGAAACAGACCGUUCCUCCGUAACAUCCACAUUCAUUGACAUUGACAUUGGCUCCUUUGAUUCUUCCCACUAUGCAGCUGGUGCACCAUCCGCACAGCCUUUCCAAUUAGCUGAUGCUGGUACGAUACGUGCAAACAGAUCAAGUCUCCGUGGUAGUCGCUCCAACGACAAUAGUUCCCAGUCAUCUGUCAGUGGUGAAGAAAACAUGGAACCGCAAGAGGAAGAGUUUCAACCCCAGUCAGGCCCACGACCUCCUACCAUGGACUGGAAGUUCCCAGUGUUCAAGAACACUGAGGAUGAGGAUGUCAAGAAAGAGGAACCAGCUCCAGAAGCAGCACCAGCACCCGAGCCUGCUCAAGAAGAGCCAUUCCAAGCCGAAAAGCGUGCCACCAUGGAAUGGACUUUCCCUGUAAUGUCUGACGAGGUUUCAAACGACACCAAUACGGAUCAAUACGACACUCUCCGAGCACCGCUACCCCCGCUUCAGCCGGUUGAAGAGUCUGACAUCUCUCGUCCCUCAACAUCCGCCUCCAACUUGUCAAGUGCAUCUGACUCGGACUACGAUCCUUUCCGGUUUGAUCGUCCGACCACCCCUGAAGGCCCGCCAUCCAAGUCUUCCAGCCGGGCCCAAUCAUUUGACUCCACCAACAGCUUUGCAUUGUCAAAGGGAGGAGACUUUGAAUUCCCCGAUGACAGAUCCGUCUCUCUUGAUGGACCCGGUCCUGACGAGGAGGAGCCUCACCCUCUGUGGAAUGAAAACACUGAAAUCAUAGACCCUAAUAACAUCCCACCGCUUGACCUCCCCUUGCCUCGUGAUGUUGACAAGGUCUCGACGCCGGUGUCCGAGCCUGGUUCUCCCGUCUACGAUGAUCCGCCCACUAUCCGCCAGGCUGCCAUUGCUCGGGAUAGCGCCACCAAAAGACCCGACUCGGGAGUCAUUCCAUUCCCCGUCCUUGUUCCACCCAGUGCAGAAAGCUUGAUGAAAGGUGCUGACGAUGCAGUUGUUCUUGCUGAGCUUGAGCGGCUUCUUGAUGACUUCCUCGACGGUCUGACUGCCACUGGACAAGCCCUUUCUCGUUACGGUGCGUCAAACGACCCUCCUGAUGUCUAG